UCGCCUCUAUUUCACCCACCUCAACUCCGCCCUCCUCUCUCUCUCUCUCGCUCUCUGAGCGACCGAAGCUCCGAUCUCCUUCCAUUAACAUGAUCCACCAUCCGCCCACCGCCGCAGCCCCCGCGAGGGUGGUGGCCCCCAAGAAGCGGGGCAGCUACAACUGCGGACGCUGCGGCCUCCCCAAGAAGGGCCACGUCUGCCCCUCUGCCGACGGCGGAUCCGCCUCCCUCCACCUCCCUCGCUCCGGCAACCGCCUCCGCCGUGCGCUCUCCUUCGACGAGGACCGUCCCUCCUCGUCCCCCGCCCCGGCGCUGGAGGAUGAGGAUGAGAGGGUGAUCGAGGCGGCGGCCCUGGUGACGAUGGGGGAGCCAGAGGUGGUCGUCGAGGAGGGAGGAGAGGAGGAGGACGACGAGGAGGCGGGGUGGGAUGGAGAAGGGUCUCUGCCGUCGUCGUGCAUGGUGGAGAUCCUAAGGCGGCUGUCGCCCAAGGAGCUGAUGCGGGCGGUGGCGGUGUGCCGGGGAUGGAGGGAGUGCGUGCGGAAGGUGUGGCGCUCCGCGGAGGAGCUCAGGCUUAGGGUUUCACCUCAAUCGCAGAUCGGGUUUGUCGGGUCGGUGCUCCACAAAUGUGCCGGAUUGACGCGGCUCACUCUGACGAUGGAAAGUGAUAUUGAUGCUACCAUGUUAGCUUGUGUUGCAUUCUCGCUGCCUAAUUUAGAAGCUUUUGAGAUAAACAUGGCUGAAAAUGUGGUCAACAGGAUAACAGGGGAUGAAUUGGGUCGUUUUGUUGCUGAGAAACGAUGUCUCUCAACGCUUAAAGUUGAGGGUUGCACCAACAUUGGAUUUCUCAGUAUCUCUUCAUCAAGUCUUUCAUCACUCUGGCUAUCAAAUCUUUACUGCAUCUCAAAAAUGGUAUUUAAAUGUCCUAAUCUGAGAGAGCUGUCUCUUGAUUUUACACGACAAGAAAAUGAUUCGACAGAUCUUAUCACGAUGAUGGAAUGUUUGGGGCGUACCUGUCCAAGGCUAAGAAAUAUUCAUGUUGCCUCAAUUCAUCUUUCUAAUGAAGCUGUCCUCUCUCUUACAAGUGCAAAUCUCAGGGAUUUGCGUAUGUUGUCAUUGGUUCUGGGUUCAAGAAUCACAGAUGCUGCUGUAACUGCCAUCGUUUCGUGUUGCACAAGUCUAGAAUUGCUUGAUUUGAGUGGGUCAAGCAUCACUGACAGUGGAAUCCGAAUGAUAUGCAAUGUAUUUCCUGAAACUCUAUCCAGACUCCUACUUGCUCUGUGCCCAAAUAUUACUUCGAAUGGAGUCCAGUUUGCUGCAGUUCAAUUGCCUCUUCUCCAGCUAAUUGACUGUGGGAUGAGCAUAUGUGAUACUGAUUACCAGAACGAAAGUGCUGAAGAAAAUGUAUAUCCCAAUAAUGAAAGGAGUGGGGAAUAUACCAAGUGCCAGAAAUCAUCUACCAUGAAGUCACAGAAGAUCUACCAAAAGCUUAUUAUAAAACAUGGAACUCUGAGGAAGCUCAGUUUAUGGGGUUGCUCAGGUUUAGAUACCCUGUACUUGAACUGUCCGGAGCUCAAUGAUCUUAAUCUUAACUCAUGUACAAACUUACAUCCGGAAAGGUUGUUGCUCCAAUGCCCUAAUUUGAAGAAUGUACAUGCUUCCGGAUGUCAAGACAUGCUAAUUGGAGCUAUACGGAAUCAGGUACUCAAUGAGUUUGCUGCUGCUGUCAAAGACCAUUUACCAUGUAAGCGACUAGCUGAUGGAUCUAAAAGGGUCCAGGUUCCCCAUUUUGUCCAGCAGUUAUCCGAUGAUGAGAAACAGAAGAGGAGAAGGAUGACCCAAUGCAUUGUGCAUCACGACUAAUUAGCUCCAACAAUGUCAAGUAUCUUUCAACCUCUAAUGUGACAUACAAAGCACUUCAAAAGCGUUCAGGAAUCAGGGACUUGUAGAAGAAUAAGAUUGUUCCCAACGUGUUAUUGCUCACUUUGCCCAGAAAUUUUUUAGCUUUGUAUUAUUAGUUGGAUGGUUUUCAAGUCCUCAUCCAUAGAUUUGAAACCAUGGAAUCUUAAUCUUAUUGUCCUUAUGCGAUUCAAAUUCACUACAACAAAUGUUGUGAAUGAAUCAUUCGAGAGAUAUAAAGUAGCUGAACUCUGAACA